AUGGCCCCCCUCCGUUUCGAGAAUGAGAAUACCCGGAACGCUUUAUUUCAGCAAGUUGCAGGUUUGGAAGCAGAAAUGGCGCAUAUGCGGGCCCUCCUCCUUCAAAAAGAAGAGGAACGUCUGCGAUUAUAUUCUAAAAUAAAUUCCCUAUCCCUAUUCGAUCAACUUCCACCAGAGAUCAAGACUGAAAUAUUCUACAACACUUUGAACCAGUCAACAGGCUGCUACGACUCCAUGGGAGUGACUCCCCUUUCUCUGGGAAAAGUUUGCCAUGGUUGGAGAGAUUUCGUUUGGUCAACUCCAAUCCUUUGGACAACCCUACAUAUACGGCUGUCGACGGAUAACUACGAGACCCAGGCCAUUCUUCUCCGUGACUGGCUGUCCAGAACCGGAGAAUACCCCAUCUCCUUUUAUCUUGAUACGGAUGGGUUUCUGGAGACGCGUGAUCAUUCUCCGAUAGAAGAAGUUUUGACCCUCUUUGCGUCUGUCUCAGCACGAUGGAGGGAAAUAGAAAUCUCUUCUCCCGACCUUCAAGCUUACUUUGAUGUCAUUUUCACCGCUGAACAAUCCCUACCUCUUCUUACUACUGCUACCGUUUGGCUAGGCGGGAUGGAAGAAGAGUUCAGUCUACUCAUGAUGGCCCCACAACUCUCAGAACUUCAUCUUUAUCGCCCCGUUCUGCGCAAGGUGCUAGCUCCAUGGCACCAAUUGCAGGUGUUUCUUGCAUAUCGCUUAUGCGUGGAUGAGAUUCGGCUUUUUCUUCACAAUGCGCCUCAAAUAGUCCGCUGCACCUUUACAAACAUUGAAUCAUCCAUUCUGGAGCCUUCAUUGCUGUUCCAUCAGCCGCUCCUGUUGGAACAUCUGCAAUAUCUCGAGCUCGAUUUCAGGAAUGUAAAUGUUAAAUCAACUUGGAUUUUAGGGCAAGUCAGACUUCCUUCUUUGCGUGAAGUCUCCCUCCGCAACCCUGUGCACCCCCCCCAGGACGCUCUCCCGUUUCGAAUUACAAGUUCAUUUCAAUCCUCGCCUCUCUUGGAAAAAUUUACUUGGAGUGGCAUGAUCAUGACUGAUCAUGAUUUGAUUCAGGCUUUAAACAACAUUCCAAAUUCUUCUCCCGAACCUGCGAAGCUUCACGUACCGUGGCCCCACUUCACUCAGUGA